AUGGUAAAACCCCUAACAUUCAAAGGUGACAAGCCCAAAAAGCGCAAAACCCGCGACCCUGCCGCCGCCUCAACCACCGGCACCCCCUCCGCGAAACGCGCCCACACCGACUCCAACCCCUCCUCCUCUGCUGCGUUUGCCCCUACAGACGAAAACCCAGACGACCAGACCUGGGUGAACGCCGACACGCCGACCGACAUCGCGGGCCCGGUCAUUCUGGUCCUGGCCUCGGAGCCACCAACGUGUAUUGCCAGCGACGCGAACGGGAAGGCGUUUGCCAGCGAACUCGAGAACACGAUUGAGGGGGAUCCGGGGACUGCGGAGCCGCAUGAUGUGCGGCAGGUGUGGGUUGCUAUGAAAGUUGCGGGGACGGAAGCGUUUGGGUUUAAGGGACAUCAUGGGAAAUACCUCGGCUGCGACACCUACGGCAUCCCCAGCGCGACGGCAUCGGCCAUCUCGCAUCGCGAAUCCUUCCUCGUGAUCCCCGGCGAAGUACCAGGGACAUUUGCACUGCAGACGGCAGGCGGCGACAAAGAGAACUUCAUCUCCGUGAAGGAGGUAACGUCGAGCAAGAAUGUGAGUGGGAAGGCGUGGGAGGUGCGUGGGGAUGCGGAACAGAUCUCGUUCGACACGACGGUGCGGAUCCGUAUGCAGGCGCGCUUCAAGCCGAAGAUCAAGGCAUCGAAGGAGACGAAGGCGAGGGAGAAAGUGAGUCGGAAGGAGCUGGAGGAGAUCGUGGGGAGGGGGUUGGAGGAUGACGAGGUGAAGAGGUUGAAGAGGGCGAGGCGGGAGGGGAAUUUCCAUGAGGAGAUUUUGGAUGUUAGGGUGAAGGGGAAACACGAUAAGUUUGCUUGA